AUGGAAAAUCCAGAAAGGAUUACAAUUUUGACACGAUCUUCAUCUCUAAAUGUUGAGAUCAACAGUCAACCAGACAAUCCGCCAACAUAUGAAGAGGCUGUUGCUAAUACUUCUUUAAGAACAACUCCAGAGUUAAGAAAUCAUUUGUCAGAACAAGUGGCAAAUGAAACAUAUCAACGUAUUGAGGAAAGAAUACGUUCUCUAGAAGAAACGAACUUAACUUUAAAAGACUAUUUAAA